UGGCAGCAGAAGAGGAAGUGAUGCGCAUAUAUAGUAACAGGGUUCCCAGGGAAGCGCGGAGUUAACGCGCCACCCGCGCCUGCCGUCACGUUGCCGUACGUGGCGGAGGGGGCGACGCCGAGCACGGGCUGGGGCUCGGCAAACAGCGGAGUGAGUGUGCAUAAGGGCCGCCCACACUGAAAAAUGGGGCCCGCUUUAUGACGGCUUCAUUUGCCUGCACUGUUGCUCUCAACAUGGGGCGAGCCUCCGGUGGGCUGUAGACCACCGCGGAGUGAUCGCUCCAAGUCCCGGUUGUGGGUUUCACCGCAGUGUUUGCAUGGACAGGGAAGGGGAAAUCCGGAAGGGGCCCCUAGUCCGGGGCUCCUAUAUGACGUCUUUGGUGAUGGCCUGUGCGCGUCGGAUCAGCGCCCGACGGAGCUCGCCAAGGUCCCGCCGCGAAGGACGCCUUCCCAGUGCUCUGCGCGCGCCCGCCGCUGGCCGCGCUCCACUCGAUGACCGACAUCCGCGCCAGCCAGGCGUCGUACUCGGCGGGCUCGCCGGCACUCAAGGCGCAGGGCUCGCUUUCGUGCACCUACUCGAGCGCCUCGGGGACUCCGCACGGCAUCAACGACAUCCUGGGGCGGCCGCAGGCAGCCGCCGCCGCAGCCGCCGCGGCCGCCGCCGGUCUCGGCGCCAUCGGGCUGCCCCGCUUCGGCCUCGGCGCCGCCGGCGUCUAUUUCAACCCGGCCAACGGCGCGUUGCACAAGAUGGGCCUGGCAGAGCUGCCCGGCCGGCCGCACCUCUACUGGCCCGGCGUGGUCCAGAACCCGGCGCUCUGGAGAGACCGACUUGCGUCUGCCUCAGUGGCCCAGAACUGCUUGGACAAGGACGGCAAGAAGAAGCACACGCGACCCACCUUCUCCGGUCACCAGAUCUACGUUUUAGAGAAGACCUUCGAGCAGACCAAGUAUCUCGCAGGACCCGAGAGAGCCAAGCUUGCCUACGCCCUUGGCAUGUCCGAAAGUCAAGUAAAAGUGUGGUUUCAAAAUCGGAGAACGAAGUGGCGGAAGAAGCACGCCGCCGAGAUGGCCACGGCCAAAAAGAAGCACGACAACGAGGCCGAGCAGCUGCGCCACGACGACGUGUCAGACCAGGAAAUGGAGCACGGCGACGCCAAGAAAAUGCGCCAAGAGGACCCGCUGCUACGGCACCACCACCGCGACGACCGCCGGCCCGACAGCUUAGCCUCCAUUUAGGCGUCCCGGCUACAUCCGCUUACACACACACAGUGCAAUACUCUUGUCCCCUCCCCGUGCAUUAUCGUUCGCCCUGUACAUAGUUAUUCUCCCAGGAGACCCAGAGACUGUACAUACUAUAAGAGACUGUGUGCGCUUUCGCGCCCAAUGUGCCACACCUCAGGUUGAGUGAGAGAAAAAGAAUCACCAAAGGGACAAAGACUGUGCGAAGCGCGCGCACGGCGUCGGCUGUCCCUCUGCGUCCGCUCGCCUGCUCUUUGGGACUCGUCUUCCAUGCGCCUCCUUCAUGGACUCUGAGGCUGUGGGAGGGCCGCCCGCCUGGCCACAGCCCAGUGAGAGCACUCAAGUCCACAGUCGCGCCCUUCUAACGGCGCGCACCUCGUCGCCGCUGGACACCCAGCACGCUGGCAGCGCAAGUUCGCGCGCGACCUGCGGGCGCAGGCCGUCGGCAGUGGGUUCCCGCGCCUGUGCCAAGAGUCCUGCUGCUCUGUCAAGUGCGCGGGCAUGCUUGCUUCCACCGGUGUAUAAAAGAACGCGGUACGUCGCGACCCGUCGCACAUGUCAGUUCCUUGUACACUUGGAGAUGUCACACUCGAACUAACGCUUCCGACGACGCGCGAGAGAUAACCGAGGCAACAUGUUUGAACGAACCAUCGCGAAAGACGGGACGCGGCGAGUGGCGAACAAACACGGUCCCGUUUUUGGCUCUGUUUCCUUCGAAGACGUUGCCUUGCCGAGUAGCUUGGAUUCAGACCUUAGUGCACAACAGAGGAAGUCGACAAUGCGCCCGCGUGUGCUCAGCGUGGCGCGAUCGUUGUAUAGAUUGAUGACGAAAGCAUCUGCUGUUGCAUGCAGCCGUGGUUCUUUGAUUAGGUCUUUCAUAUGAAAUACGUAUCGUGCAUGCAUCUGAUACCGCCAAGUUCUGUUAAUAUUGCAGCGCUCCUAGCGUGUAUGUCUGACAUCGAUUGACAAGUGAAUGGGGAUCGAUGUGAUAUGCGUGGUAUAUCUGUUUCGAGUAGUUGCGCUACUGUCCAUGCUUUCCGUUGUUGUCGUGCACCAGCGUAUAAGUGCAACCAGAGAAAGGUAAAAUAGGGUCUGAUAAUUGAGUGAGCAAAAUGAAGGAACGCUAUCUUUGCUGAUACUUUUAGAAUGAUUAAUUGUAUUCUCAAUAUGUGCGCAUAUAAAAGAACACUAUUUAAAUAUUUAUUUUUAAUGUUAAGAUGUAAAACAAGCUUGAAGUUGUUGUUGACGAAAGCUCAACACUAUGUUCUCUUCAUGAAAAAUUGCUUGAAAUGACUCGUCAGCGCUCAAUGUAUUUGCAAUAGUUGCGUCGUUGUUCAAUGUUUAACUCCAACUGAAAUGCCUACUAGCGUUUCUUCCCUGCGUUCGUGCACCACUGUAUACAUUCUUCCGGAGAUUAAUAAACUAAAUUAUUGCGCUA